GAACUUGAAUCUGAGUUGAGAGAAGCAGCUGAGCUUGAGGUUGCACUUUAUUCAAUAGUUGCAGAACAUGGAAGUUCAAUACACAAGGUUCACACUCCAGCUCGCCAUCUUUCAAGGAUGUAUAUUCAUGCUUACAGGAACUGGUCUAAAGAAAAGAGGGCCAGUGCUGCAAGAAGUAUGGUUUCAGGACUAGUAUUGGUUGCCAAAGCAUGUGGAAAUGAUGUUGCAAGGUUGAUGUACUGUUUGUCAAAUUCAGUUGUCUUGAGGACAAUUAUUUCUCAAGGCUUUGGUGAUUCUGGCAUGCGAAGUGAAAAUGGACCACAAAUUGAUACUACUGGAAAUAGAAAGGGAAAAACUUCUAGCUUGAAGUGGAGGGAUACUUUUAUCGACAAAAAGAAAGAUAUUUCUCUAUUCAACCCAAUGUUGGUGGAAUGUCAGGAUCCCAACACAUUUACUGCUGCCAUAGAAAAAAUUGAAUCCUGGAUAUUCAGUCAAAUAAUUAAAUCUAUUUGGUGGCAGAAUGGCCCUUCACAGACAUUGACAUUAUAUAUGCAAUAUCCUGUUGAUGAGAAAAAUGUUCAACUGAGAAAAUUUGUUGGAAAGAUGUCAAAGUCAGCAGCUGAUCUGGGAGGAAGCUUCUCAAUUAGCCUGUGGAAGAAGGCAUUCCAAGAUGCCUUUGAAAGGCUUUGUCCUGUUAGAGCAGCAGGCCAUGAAUGUGGGUGCUUUCCACUUCUGGCAAAAUUGGUCAUGGAACAAUGUGUGGUUUGGCUGGAUAUAGCUAUGUUCAAUACCAUUCUGCGUGAAUCACCUGAUGGCAUUCCAACUGAUCCUAUCUCUGAUCCAAUUAUUGGUUUCAAGGUUCUUCCAAUUUCACCUGGGAAUCUGAGCUUUGGUGUGGGUGUGCAGUUGAAAAAUUCUGAUGCUUCUCAGGGAGAUGGUGGCAAACAUUGGAAAGACCGUUACUGGGUAAAGAAUGUGCGGAACCUUCUAAAUGAACAGCUGCCAUCAGCCGGAACUGAGCAAAUAACCAGCUACCCAUGUAGUGCAGCUCCAAUCAAGUAUUCACCACCACCAGCAUCAUCUGUCUCCACCAUCAUUGGAGAUGUGCAAAGCCACAUAAAACUUAAAAAGAACACUUCCUUGGUUUUAAGAGGAUUAAGUUACCAAGAGGAUUAA